UGAGGUCAGAUUUCAGCUGAAGAGAUGCAGCAUGGAGGACUGCUGCCGCGCUGCCACAAGAAUGAUCAGAGGAAGGACGCAGCUGCAGGUCAGAGGUCAGAGGUCAUCCUACCUGUCCAUCUGUGCACUGUGACAUCACAGGGCUGACAGGAAGUGGUCAUCAUGGUGGGCGUGGCGGUGUGCGGCUCGGUGAGCUCCAUCAAAGCUCUGUGGGAGACGAGGAUCAGGAGGAUCCAGGAGGAGCAGGAGGAGGAAGAGGAGCAGAGGAGGAGGACUACGAGGGGCGGGGCCACAGGCAGACUGAGUCUUGGUGUUUGGGAGGACCGGGCGGCUCUGGCUCGGCUGAAACAGAAGCUGCAGACUGAAGACGGACGCCUGAUCCUCCGAAUCGAACAGGAGGAGUGGAAGUCGUUGCCGGGCUGUCUGGUCCAGCUCAGUCAGGUCCAGGAGUGGCAGAUUCACCGGACUGGACUGCAGAAGAUCCCUCACUUCAUCUCCAGCUUCCAGAACCUUUUAGUUCUCGAUCUGUCCCGCAACGGGGUCACCGAGAUCCCCAAACAGAUUGGGAAGCUGACUCGGCUCAGAGAGCUCCUGCUGAGCUACAACAGAGUCCAGUUUGUUCCCGAAGAGCUGAGCUGCUGUGAGAGUCUGGAGAGACUGGAGCUGGCCAUGAACCGGGACCUAAACCAGCUACCAGACCAGCUGAGGAACCUGAAGAAGCUGCAGCACCUGGAUCUGUCCAUGAACGACUUCACCUGCAUGCCGGACUGCGUGGUCGGACUGCCUGAGCUCGAGUGGCUCGACAUGGGAGGAAACCAACUGCAGCACUUACCUGAAGACAUACACAGGAUGGAGAAGCUGCACACUCUGUGGCUGCAAAGAAACCAACUGGAGAAGCUUCCAGACAACAUCAGCAGGAUGGCGAGUCUGGACACUCUGGUCCUCAGCAGCAACAGACUGAGAGACAUCCCCCCACUGAUGGAGGACAUGUCCAACCUUCGGUUUGUGAAUUUCCGGGACAACCCUCUGACGCUGGACGUGACGCUGCCGCGCAGGAAGACGAAGACCGAGGACGAUGACGAUGACGAUGAAGAUGACAGAGAGAUGUUUGGACGAGAGUUCAUGCAGAUGUACAUCCAGGAGUCCAGAAAGAGAGCGUACGCUGUGCUCAACGUGCACUGUGUCAACCAUCUGAACGACGACUCGUCAAACUAAAAUGAUCUCUGCAUUUCUUCUUCUGGGCCUUUUCUUCUCAGCUACAGGUUUUAAAAUCAGUGAAGAAAAAGAUUCACAGUCACGUCAUAUUUCUAUUUUCUGCUUCUGAACAGCAGACGGCAGUUUAUAAUGUGAAAACAUCGAAAUGUUUCAUUAGUUGAUGUUUCUGACUUUAUUUCAGCAGUUUCCUGUUCGUACUGUGUCAGACUUCAGUAUCACGUAGUUCUUCUUACAGACUGAACAUCAGAGUCGGUUUGGACACUUUAAAGCAGCCAAUCAACAGACUGAACACAAGCAAAGUCCUUUAAUACAAACUUUACAAAACAUUUGAACACAUGAACUCCAAAUAAAGACUUUUAGAACCU